AUGAAAAGGAAACGACCCAUAGAGGAAGAGGAAAAGGAAAAUCGAGGUCAAUAUGCCGCGUAUUUGUGCUCUGGAAGUUGGUGUGCUCUAGUGCCUCUGUAUAGACCAUUAACGGCGGAUGUGGUAGACGGGGAUGUUUUUCCCGGUAUUGCCUUCUUCUUUUUACCACAUGUGAUUGGAAUGAAAGAUGACAGAUAUCUUCUUGCUCUUUCAGAAGGUGAAACCCCAUGUGAUAGUUUAAUUAAACGAAGACCAUGGCAACCAUGCUCUCUGCAUGGCCCUUUUCGAUGCUCAUGUUUUAUUUUAGAGCAGUUGGCACGAAAUGUUUUUCAGUUGGAGCAGGAAUUAAUGAUGUUACGUGUACGAAUUGAAGUAGUGGUGGAUGAGAAGAAAGAUAAUCAAGAAGAUAUGAUACCCUUUUUAAAGGUGAAUACAAAGGAACGUACUGUAUUUCUGUACCUCUGUGGACUCCCACUACCGCAAAGAUGUUAUGGUCCUUUUAAUUUAUAUGAAGUAGAUGAUGUCAUGUCGAUAGGCCAUGCAAUUACUUCAGCCCUUAAAGGGGCACAACUAAUGAUAAAAGAUUUUCCGAAAUGUGUACUUUGCGCCAUCAAAACGGAGGAUACAUGUUCAGUUUGCCAAUGUGUGGUGUGUAAUAAUUGUGGUGUUUUGUGUCUUUCCUGUGGUAAGAAGGCUUGUACGGCUUGUGUAGUUGUUGUGAACACAGAGGCGUUAUCAGAGGAAGACGUUUGCUGUUUUUCAUGCUAUAACCUUUAA